AUGUCGACGACGGACGUGAAGAACGACGCGACGAACAGCGUGGACGAGGUCGACGAGAAGGGCGACAAGGCAUCGUCGCAGGCCGAGUCCGAGUUCAACAUCUUCACGUACCACGAACACAAUGCUGGCCGUCUGGUUGUGGACCCAGAAGAAGCAAAGAUUGAAUUUGGCGAAAAGGUUGCCAAGAAGCUGAAGCUUUCCGAGGACGGCACGAAGGUGCUCUGGCCUCAGCCGACUGACGACCCUGAGGACCCACAGAACUGGACGGAUUUCCGUAAGAACCUACAGCUCUUCAUCGUUACUCUGGCUGCCAUCGUCCCGGACUUCGAUUCUGGUAUUGGUAUUGCGGACAUCUUCGCGCUUGCAACUCAAUAUGACACUACCACCGGACGUAUCAACAACCUGACGUCGAACUGGAGUAUCUUCCUACUCGGCUGGGGUGGUAUCUUCGCGGUGAUGCUCAUGAGGAAGCUCGGUCGUCUUCCGGUCUUGUUCUGGUCUCAGGUGCUUGCCCUCGGAUUCCUGGUCGGCUGCACAUUUGCGCCUAACCUGAAGACAUUCACCGCUAUGCGAUGCUUAACUGCAUUCUUUGCAACUUGCCCCCAGGUGACGGGUCUCUACAUUGUUACCGACCUGUUCCCCUUCCAUCUCCAAGCUCGGAAACUCAACCUUUGGACCAUGGGUUUCAUCAUCUCACCAUUCUUGUCGCCGUUCAUGAUGGGCUUCAUCGUCGCCCGCAUCAACUGGCGUUGGACAUACGGCAUCGGAUCGAUUUACGGCGCGAUCGUGGUCGCCCUCAUCGCGUUUUUGGGUGAAGAGACCAUGUUUGACCGCAAGCUGCCUAACCCUCGUCCCAUCCCGGUCCCGGCGUCCCGCCUCCGCUACCGCCUUGAGACGUUGUUCGGUGUCACUGGCUUGAAGAUGUCCCAGUAUCGGGACAGCUGGAGCGACUCCAUCUUCGCGUGCCUCAACGUCGUCUGGCGGCCGCAUCUUCUUGCCAUCCUCAUCUUCGAGGGUAUGGUCUUCGGCUUCAGUAUUGGUAUCAACACUACGAACGCCGUCUUCCUCGGUACUCCCAAGGAGGCUGGUGGAUAUGGUUUCAGCCAGUUUGGCAUCGCCGGUGCUUACGGAACGCCCAUCGUCGCUGUCUUUGUGGGAGAAAUCCUCGGUCGCUACUUCAACGAUUGGAUGAUGAACUUCGCCAUCCGUCGCAACAACGGUGUUUUCGUUGCCGAAGCCCGUCUGUGGACAUGUUACGUCGCCACGCCGCUCUACGUCUGUGGUUUCGUCCUGCUUGGUGCCGCGUUCCAGAAGCACCUCAGUGUCGGUGCCCUCGUCAUGGGCUGGGGCAUUGCCGAGGUGGCGGUCAUGGUCAACACUGUCGCCAUCUACGCGUACUGUAACGACUGCUUCCCGCGCAGGCAGGGCGAGAUCUCCGCGUUGAUCAACCUCGCUCGUACGCUCGGCGGUUUCAGUGUCGCGUACUUCCAGGUCCCGUGGGCAACGAAGAACGGCGCGCUGCAGACGUUCGGCGUCGAGGCGGCGAUCGUCGUUGGGCUGUUCUUCCUCAUUGUCCCUCUCCUCCAGGUCAAGGGUGCCACUCUCCGGGCGCGUUACUCGAUGUAG